UUGAGAGUAAUGUUACCAGUGCCGAGAGAGUGAGGAGGCUGCGUAUCGAUCCCGCUCACAGCCAUUGCAGUGCAUUGGACUACAUACGAGAUCCAGGCAGCUUUGGGCGGCCAGGGCGAGUGUGUUUUUUUGUGACUUGUGUGAACUGAGAUUCUUGAGUGCAGUAGAGUGUGACACAAGAUUUCUAUUAUAUCUUUCAGAAUCAAAAAUGGGCAAAGGUGAUCCUAAAAAGCCAAGAGGUAAAAUGUCCUCAUAUGCCUACUUUGUGCAAACCUGCCGGGAAGAACACAAGAAGAAGCAUCCAGAUGCAUCUGUGAACUUUUCAGAGUUCUCAAAAAAAUGUUCAGAAAGGUGGAAGACUAUGUCUGCUAAGGAAAAAGGAAAGUUUGAAGAGAUGGCACGGGCUGACAAGGUUCGUUAUGAAAGAGAAAUGAAAAAUUACAUACCACCCAAAGGAGAGUCAAAAAAGAAGUUCAAGGACCCAAAUGCACCAAAGAGGCCUCCUUCAGCAUUUUUCUUGUUCUGCUCUGAAUAUCGUCCAAAAAUCAAAGGAGAAAGUCCUGGUCUUUCUAUUGGAGAUGUUGCAAAGAAACUUGGAGAGAUGUGGAAUAAUACUUCUGCAGAUGAUAAGCAGCCUUUUGAAAAAAAGGCUGCUAAACUGAAAGAGAAAUACGAAAAGGAUAUUGCUGCAUAUAGGGCUAAGGGGAAGCCUGAAGUAGCCAAAAAAGUAGCCCCAAAGCCAGAGAAAAGUAAGAAAAAGGAGGAGGAAGAUGAUGACGAGGAUGAGGACGAGGAAGAAGAAGAAGAAGAUGAGGAAGAGGAAGAUGAGGAAGAUGAUGAUGAUGAUGAAUAAACCUCCUUUUAGAUUAUUAUUUUUCUUGUCUAUAAAUGCAUCUAACCCCCCUGUACACAACUCACUCCUUUUAAAGAGAAAAAAAGCAUAAGGCUGUGUAAGAUUUGUUUUUAAACUGUACAGUGUCUUUAUUUUCUUGUAUAGUAAAUGCACUACCAAAUGUGUCUUUUGGUAGCCCUGUUCUUUAGUGGUAUCUCAGUGGCCACUAACCUUGCCUAGUACAGUGUGGGGGUUGUAAAUUGGCAUGGAAGUUCAAAGCAGGUUUCCUGUUGGUGCACAGCACAAAUUAGUUAUACAUGGCUGGUGUAGUUCAUUAUUCAUCUUCAGUUGUCUGCAUCAUAAAAAUAAUAGUUCUGUUUAACUAAAUACCACUCUGUAAUUGCAAAAAAAGUGUAGCUGAUUGUUUCUGAGUAAAUGCAUUUUUUAAAAACUUAGUAUUGUUGUCCCUUUAAUAGGUGCCCUGUAAAGUUAAUAUUUUCCUUCUUUUUUUCCUGGAAAGCUCAUCUUUUAUGCUAUGCCCUUUUGAUAUCACGUCAGAAUUACAGUUCAUUUAAUAAGGAGGUACAAUAACUUUUCAUCUGUAUGCCCUACACAAUCAUGAUAGGGUAGGAAGUAAAUAUAGAUAGGCAUAUGCAGUGCAGGUUUUUCUCAUGUAACAGGUUAUAAUUUCUUUUUUAAAACCCUAAAUACCUGUUCUUAACCAAUCUGUAUUUGCUCAGGUUUUUUUCUCCACAGUAUUCCAUAGAGUUGUAUACAUUUACCAGUUUUGGAGGGAGGACUGAUAUAGAAUUUGAUUUGAUGACAUGGAAUAAUUCUGGGGAGGAUGGAUGGGAUAACUUCAAACAGAUGUCCUUGGAGGACCACUUAAAGGGUGUAUUCUCAUUCUGAUUUGUCACGAAUUUGUAUGUGUGACUUCAUUGACUGGUAAUGAGAAUUGUAUUCACAAAUGCCUGAAUACAAAGGUGACUGUAAGCCUACCUAAGCAGGUAAUGAUAAAUGCUAAAUUACUGUAAUCCUUUAAGGAUACCAUGUCAAAUGAUACUUGCAGCUUUUAUACCAUGGACUUUCCUGGCAGUGUGAUUGGCAUGAAAAUAUUUUACUUUGCUAAUGUU